AUGAAAUGCAUCAGAUCGAAGCCAAUCUUGGCUGUCGCCGAUUUUGAAGCAUAUUCAGUCGACGGAGAAGCUUUGCAGACCGGCUUCUGUGAAUGCCAGCAUCUGAUAUCUACCAGCAUCGAUGGCUUUUUCACAAAGCAUGGUUGCAGAUGCUCCGGAGCUGCAUUCACCCUUGAGAAUGUGCUGCCGCUGCAGCCCUGCCGUUUUUACCAGCAGACCGCGCCGUGCCCGCGCCGCCCAGCCGCCUAUUUGGCAGAGCUCUACCCGACUGGACGAUGCUUCGCAAUACCCACCGUCACUCAGUUUCGUGCGCCCAAUGAUGCCAGGAAUUCACGACUGAUCACCGAG